AUGGAGGGCGGACGUUUCGACUUUGACGACGGCGGCAGUUACGUGGGCGAGUGGAGCGAGGGUCGAGCCCACGGACUGGGCAUCGCGACCGGGCCGGACAAUCAGGGCGAGUAUUCUGGCGAAUGGCAGAUCGGCUUCGAGUCGCGUGGCAUCUACAUUUGGCCCAGCGGCAACAUCUACGCCGGCAGUUGGUUGAAGGGCAAGCGCCACGGCGAAGGGGUACAGAUCAAGGGUCGCUGGGUCUACAAAGGCGCCUUCACUACGGGCUUCUGCGGCCGGUACGGCGUGAAAGAGUCGCUGACCAGCUGCGCCAAGUACGAGGGCAGUUGGCAUCUGAACCAGUUCGACGGAUUCGGCGUGGAAACCAACUCGGACGGCAGUGAGUUGGCUCUUCGCAUGCACUAA